AUGGCUGAAGCCAGAUUUUCAGAAAUCGAUAAUCAAUUUACUGGAGGUUUAGAUAUUCAAAAAAUAGCUAAAUUGGAUAAAUUGUUAUCAAAGGUGGAUCAUGAUUUUAAAUAAAAAUAAUCUAAAGAUUUGACAAAACCAAAAUUAAUGGAAUUAAUGAAGACAAUGCAUGAAAUAUAUUAAAUUGUUUUAUAUGAAAUAAGUGAGAUGUUAGAAGUUGCACAUUUUAGUGAAUUAAGAUAAGCUUUAAAUAAAAUUUAUAAUGGUUAAAAUUUGAUUGUUCAUUAUAUAUUAAAGUAAAGAAUUCAUAAUAAGUUAGAAUAAAUACAAAUUUUGAAGUUCAGCCUGAUAAAAUGCUUGAAACCUUAUAGAAAAAUAUGAUAUAACAAAGGAGAAAAUCUGUUGAUUAAUCAGAAGAAAGAGAAACAAAUAAAAUGGCUCAUUAAAUAGUGUAAUUGUAACCUGUAGUAAAGAAAAUGGUAAAGAAAGUAUUUGCAGAAAAAGGAACUGAUACAGGAGAAGACAUGAAAAAUGCAAGAAAUUAAGAUCAUUUAGUUAAGAAGUAGAAAGAAUUAAUGGAUAUAUAGGAUGAUUUAGAUGAGGAAAGUUAGAAGAUAACUGAAUUCUUGAAAAAUAGAAAUCUUGAUUUGAUGGCUGUUAGUGAAUCAAAGGCAUAAGCAAAUUUAAAAGAAGUAUUAAAAGAUUUAGGAAAAAAAAGAAGAAUAACACAUGAAAUUGAUGAUGAGGCUGCAGAAAUAGAAGAAUAAUAACAUAAAGAGAGAGAAUAGAUGUUUUCUUUAGAAAAUACUUUAAUGGAAAGUAUUAGAGGAGUAUAAAAAUAAGCUUAAGAAAAAGCAUUAUAAGAUAUUAAAGCAGGUAAAGCGUUAAUGAAAAAUGGAUAAUUAGUUUAUAUGGAAGGAGUAGGAAGUUAAACAGAUAAAAUGAAAAUAGAGAUUGAAUUCUAAGAAAAGAUGUAAUAAAAUAGAAAAGAAGGAGCAGAAAGAGAAGCUAAAAUUUUAUAAUUAGAGAGGAAGGUGAAAGAUUUAGGAAUUGAAAAAGAUGCAUACAUUUAAUAAUUGAGCAAUAUUAAUAAUUAAUUAACAAAAGCUAAUUUAGAAACUAGGAAAUUGUAAGAAUAAUUAAAGUCUAAAGAAAAAGCGAAUAAUGAAUAAUAAGCAGUUAUUAAUAAAACAGAUUCAGAAAAAAUAAGGAAAUUAGUAGAAGAUAAUAUAAAAAUGAAAUUUAGAAUAAAAAAUCUAAUAGAUAAUGUUGCAAGUUUAGAAAAGGAGUAUAACAGAAGUUUAGAAAGAUUUAGAUUAUUUGUACAAAAUUCUAAUAUAAGUGAAGAUUAAAAGAAAUUAAUUUUGAAUUAAUUAGAUAAUCUAUUAAGAUUUGAUUUUACUGAGAGAUUAAAUUUAUAAGAAAUGAAAGAAUUAAUGGUAGUAGAUGAUUUAUUAAAAGAUCCUUUAUUUAAAUAGAUUAUUGGAUCAGAUAUUUCUGCAAUAACAAGGUAAGUUAAAAAGGAUGAAUUGACAAGAAAAUAAAAAUUAGCUAAAGUACCCUUUUAUGAUCCAUUAUUUGAUCCUGAAUUUUUGAAUCCAGGUGAAAAAAUAAUAACAAGAAAAGUUAUGAAAUUAGUGAAAAGAUAGAAUACAUAAGGAGAAUGGAUAGAAGAGGAAAUGGAAGUUGAAGAAGAAGUAGUAGUAAAUGCUUAAGGAGAAGAAUUGAGAGUAAGAGAUAAACCAAUAAUGAUUUAAUAAUCAAAAUAAACAUAAUAAUUUUUAGAAUAAUUUGGUGGAUUUGCAAUUGGAGGAGCUAAAAUUAAAAUACCUUAAAAACCUAUUACUAAAGAUGGACGUUAAGUAUAAUUAAAUGAAUGGUUUGAAGAUAGUACUGGAAAAAAAGUUAGAAAAGUUUAAGGAAAAGAUGGAGAAGAAACUUAUGAGGUAUAAGACGAAUAUAUAGAUGAAAAUGGGAAAAAACAAAUUAGAAUUAAAUAAAUGAAAGUUAAGAAAGAUAAAAAUGGAAAUGAUUAUGUAGAAGAAGAAUUUGUUGAUGAAAGAGGGAGAAAAUAAAAAAUAGCUAAAGUAUUAUAAUAUUUUUAUAAAUUAGAGAGUAACUAAAGACAAAGAUGGAAAUGAUAUUAUUGAAGAAAUCACUGUUGAUGAAUAAGGUAAUAAAACAACCAAAAAAUAAAAAGUAUAUAAAGAUAAAGAUGGUAAUGAAGUUAUAGAAGAAGAAAUAAUUGAUUAAUUCGGAAAUGUUACAACUCUUAAAAGAAAAAUUGUGAAAGAUGCUAAUGGUAAUUAAGUUAUAAUAGAAGAAAAAACUGAUGCUUAUGGAAACAAAUCUAUUGCUACUAUCAAAAAGAAUUAAUUUGGUUAAGAUAUUAUUUAAGAAUAAAUUAUUGAUAAAAAUGGCAAAAUUCAAUAAGUAGAAAAAAAAAUUAUAAUUGAAAAUGGAAUAGCAAUUACUGAAGAAAUCAUGCUAGAUGAAAAUGGUAAUAAAAUUAUUAAAAGAACAAAAGUAAGAAAAGAUGAAAAUGGAAAUGAUAUCAUUGAAGAAGAAACCAUCAAUCCUGAUGGUUCAAUUACUAUCAAAAAAUCAAAAUAAAAAAAGAAUCCAGAUGGUUCUAUCACUAUAGAAACAGAAAUUAUGGAUUAAAAUGGUAAUGUUAGCAUUAUUAAGUAAAGAUAAUAUAAAGAUAAAAAUGGAAAUGUUAUCGUUGAAGAAUAAUCUAUUGACCCUUUAACAGGAGCUAAAAUUAUUACAAAAACAAUUAAAGAUUAAAAUGGAAAAUAAACUGUAUCAUAAUAAAUCAUUGGAGUUGAUGGUAAAAUCCUUAACACAUAAAAAUAAGUCUAAAUUGAUAAAGAUGGAAAUCCUAUUGAAGUGGAAAUUAUUUAAGGAGAUAAUGGAUAAUAAUAAACUAUACAAAAGAAAGUUUACAAAGAUAGAAAUGGAAAUGAAAUUAAAGAAGAAAUUAUUACAGAUGAAUAAGGAAAUAAAAGAUUAAUUAAAACUAGGGUUAUUAAAGAUAAAGAUGGAAAUAAUAUUAUUGAAGAAGUAACAACUAAUGCUGAUGGAAGUAAGUUAACUGUUAAAAAAAAAUAAUACAAAGAUAAAGAUGGAUUUGAAAUUACUGAAAUUGAAACUGUUGAUGUCAAUGGAAAUAAAGUUGUUAUUAGAACUAAAAAAGGUUUAAAUGGAGAAUAAAUUAUUGAAGAAACCAGAAUCGGAAAAGAUGGAAAAGUUGAAAAAAUAAUUAAAAAAUUUCAUAAAGACAAAAAUGGUAAUAUUGUUGUAGAAGAAACUAAAGUAUCUUCAGAUGGAACUAAAACCGUAAAGAUUAUUAAAUUAGGAACAGAAGAUAAAGAAAUUUAAACUGAGGGAAUCUUUGAUUUUAGUGAUAAAUCAUAGUCUUUACUAGAUUAAAUUCUAGAGUAAUUAGGUAAUUUAGGAUUAGAAAAAAGUAAGUUAGAAUAAAUUAGAAAUUGGGUAAUGAUUAAAUAACAAAUUUAAAUUAAAAGGACAACAAAAUAACAAUAACAAGCUUAGUAGAAUGAAUCUGAUGAAGAAAUAUUAUAACCAAGACCUUAAUCAGCCUAAUCGAACAAAUCUUUAGAUUCUUUGGAUGAAGAUUAAUCAGAAGAAGAUUAAUCAGAUAAACUUUAUUAAAAAUUAAUGCAAUCUAAAAAUGGAUAAAUGGGAGAAAUUCUGAGAUAGAUUAGAAAUUAGUUAGGAAAACAAGGUAUUUUAAUAUUUUUUAACUUUAAUUUAGGCAAUGAAUAAAUCUCUCUUGAAGAAUUUAGAGAAUACAUGAAAAAAAUGAGACAAAUUCAUGCUAGAUGUGGUGAUAAUUGUCCACAUUUAAGAAGGUUUUAUGAGAAAAUUGGUUUUGCAACAAAAAAAUAUAAGAGAAGAUUUUUAAAAAUGAAUUUAACUAAAAUUGAUGCAAAAACAAAAUUACCAUAACUUCAAAACUUUAGUACAAUUAAAUGA